AUGGAAUUAAAAGAAAGGGAUCGGAAAAUUGAAGAAGAAUUGGAUAUAAAUAAUAGAGAAAACCCCGUUUCAUCAUCAGAUAAGAUACCUAUUAAAACAGUAUAUAUUUCAGAAUUUGUUGCUUGGGAAUCAUCAACAUUAAGCAAAAUAUUACAAGUAACAUUAGAUCUGGAGGGACAUUUAAAGGUUCCAAAUUAUAUGUUUUUAUCAAAUCUUCGACAAGAACUGAUUGAUGAAUCAUUGGAACCGGUGAUCUCAAUUGAUACUCUUGAUAGAGUAAUUCUUGCACGUCUUUCAAUGCCAUCGCCUAAUCAACCAUUUGAUUAUCUCGUUAGUUGUUGGAAACGCGCGAUUUCCGUGCAAAAGUUAAUACAGAAAUUACCUGAUGUAGAGGAAAAACUAAAGAUUAUUAAGAAAGCUAAACGUCUUUUUGUUAGUUAUUCGGGCCUUUCAAUUACACUUCCUGAAAUGUUUGAACUUCAGCAUGCACCGAUCGACUUUGCAAAUAAACUUUUGCAAGAAUUAGAUACGAGUAACGGGAUUCCAUUUGAUUUUCUUAGAGAAUUAGUUCAUCAAUUUGAUAAAGAAGGAACAUUAACAGAUUUAUUGGGGGAAACAAUUGUCGAAUUAAGUCGUCGUCUUUGCCAAAAAACAAUUAUGGAUGAUUAUCAGCCAUAUAUUAAAGUAUUUAAUCAGCUCGUUACACUAAAGCCAUUUACAUUAAUGGUAAUUCGUUUGCCUGCAUGGCUACCUGAAAAUAGCACAGCUGCCGAUAUCGAAUAUACUUCUAUUUUAGGACCAUAUCUUCGUCUAACACCAAUGCAGGCUAAAAUAUCAGAAUUAUAUUUUUCAAAUGCAUCUCAACGUUCUCAAGCAGAUAUAUUAGGAUCCAUAAAUAGUUUAAGACUCACUAUGCGAACAUUACAAAACCAAUUGUUUUUUAUUAUAAACACGAUUGUAAGAACAUCUCCAGAGUGUAAAGAAAAAAUGCUUGAAUAUUUUGCAAAAGUAUUAGAAUUAAACAAAAAAAGAAAAGCACUUCAUGCCGAUCCGAAAUCAAUCAGCACAGAUGGUUAUAUUGUUAACAUUACCAAUAUUAUAAAUAGUUUUUCGGAACCUUUCAUUGACGUAAAUUAUUUGAAGAUUGAUAGAAUCGAUAUUGAUUACUUUAAAAAAAGGCCAAGAAUCAGCAUUGCGAAAGAAACAAAACUAAAUUCAGAUGAAAAAACUUCAGAAUUAUUUUACGAAGAUGAGAUCCAGGAUAUUCCUAAUUUCAUAUCUGAGAUUUUUUUCUUAAAUGUUGCAUAUCAUUAUUAUGGUCUUGGUUCAGCCAUGCUUAAUCAUGAACAUAUUAUGAAAAGGAUUAGUGAUUUGCAGAAACAAUAUGAUAUUUUGGAAUCUCAAAAAUCUCAUUGGAUUAAAACUACUCAUGCUUCUAUUUUAAAUACAAAUAUGAAACAACUUCAUUUACAAAUAGAAAAAACAAAAAGUUAUUGUUAUUGUUUUGAUACAAUGCUUUUAGAUAAUGUUUUGCAAUCAAAAUCCUUUUCUUUUCUAUCUUUACUUGCAUCUUGGCUUUUAAGACAUGUUGACCCAGAACAUCAGCAUCCACAAAAAAUAAUAACUCUUCCUUUACCCCAAAAUGUCAAUGACAAUAUACGAAAUCUUCCGGAAUAUUUUGUAGAAGAGAUAGCAGAUUUUUUUUUGUAUAUGUCUAAAUAUAAUCCAGAAUUAAUUAUAUCUAAUUCGGCUAUCGAACUAGUUAUAUUUAUAAUUACUUUUCUUAAAAGCCCAUCUUAUAUUAAAAACCCAUAUCUCAAGGCGAAGCUUGCAGAAAUAUUAUUUUAUGGGAUUUUAAAACAGCAUAAUUAUCCUUAUGGAGUUUUGGGAGACAUACUCAAUUCUAACACUUUUUCAUUGCAUCAUCUUUUGCCAGCAUUGAUGUUAUUUUAUGUUGAAGUCGAGUCAACUGGUCUAUCUUCUCAAUUUUACGAUAAAUUUAAUAUAAGAUAUCAAAUAUCACAGAUUUUUAAAGCUAUAUGGGAAAAUCCCGGCCAUCGUGAAAAACUUUUAUUGGAAAGCCGAAACAACUUUAAUUUUUUUGUCAAAUUUGUCGCCCUCUUACUUAAUGACGUGACCUAUUUACUCGAUGAAGCCCUUUCAAAACUUUUAGAGAUACAUAAUCUUCAACUGGAACUGGAAAAUGUUCCAGAAAAUUUAUCUCUCAAUGAUGAAAGACAAGAAAAACGCCAUUACUUAGCUCAAUUAGAAAAAUAUGCAACAACAUAUAUGUCAUUAGCUACGGAAACCAUAGAAUUGCUAAAAAGAUUUACAGCUAGCAUACCAGAUGCUUUUUGUUGUCCUGAAGUUGUUGAUCGUUUAGCUGCUAUGCUUGACUAUAAUAUGAAUGCAUUGGUUGGACCUAAAUGUACGAAAUUAAAGGUAAGAAACCCUGAAAAAUACAGAUUUGAGCCAAAAUCUCUUCUUUCUACGAUUGCUGACAUAUAUCUUAAUUUACGUUCAAAAAAAUCUUUCAUUAUGGCAAUAGCAAAAGAUGGUCGCUCAUACAAAAGAGAUUUAUUUAUUCGUGCUACACAAAUUUUUAAGAAAUAUUCUACGAAAUCUUUAGACGAUAUUAACAAUUUAUUAUCUUUAAUAAAUGAUGUAGAAGAAGUGAAGAAAAAAGACGAAGAUAAUGAAGAGGAACUUGGAGAAAUUCCGGAGGAAUUUCUAGAUCCUAUUAUGGCAUGCUUGAUGACAAAUCCAGUGAUAUUACCAAGCAGUCGUGUUACCGUUGAUAUGGCGACCAUUAAAAGUCAUUUAUUAAGUGAAGAAAAAGAUCCAUUUAAUAGAUCUCCAUUAAAAUUAGAAGAUUUAAUACCAAACGAGGAAUUAAAAGCUAAAGUAGAAAUGUUUAAAGCAGAAAGAAGAGCAAACAAAACAAAAAAGGAAGAUAAAAAUGAUAACCAAUUGACUAAUUAA